AUGGAUAAAGACUCCAAAAAGAUAUGGUCAAUUACAGAUUUACCAGAUGAGCUAAUUGCUAUGGUGUUGCAUAAAAUCAAAUACAAUGAUAUUAUUGCGUUUGGAAUAACAUGCAAAAGGUUCUCUGAUGUGGUUUUUAAUAACCAACAUCUUUGGAAAACCAAGUGCUUAGAAGUGUUGCCUCAUCAAAUUAUAAAAACAAUCUUAAAAUAUUCUAAUGGCAACUGGUUUAAUCAACUAAAGGAAUUUAUUGAUUUGAAGAAUAACAUUAUAACGGAACUGCUUGCUUUAUCACCAAAAUUUUACUGGAGAAUGAAUCAAUUGACUGUAGAAGACUCUCUAAAAUUCUUUACAAUUGCCACUAAAGAUGAAUUGAGCUAUUAUUAUACAGUGCAUGUUUUGCAGCAAGUAAUAAAAAAUUCAAUCAAGAAUCUUAACCAAAAUAUUUGUGAAAAGCCGCAUACUUUAACAGAACAACACUAUGCAAAAGUUGUGCUCUGCUAUUUAAUGCAUACAUAUCUUGGUAUUAAGUGGGCUAGACUACAUAGAGCACAAGCAUUUAAUGGUCCACCAAUUCACCCAGAACUGGUACUUAAUUUUUGUGUUCAAUGGAUUGAUCCAGCCCAUUAUUACUCUGAUGAAAGGAUUGCUGAUGUGUUAAAUGAAGUUGUAGAGAAUGUUAAGGAUGUGAUUCAUCAUUGUAGAAAUGGUCCUCAAGUUGAGAAAAAAAAAAUCACAGGGCGUGAAAUACUAUCUGCUGUGUCACAAGUUUUAUAUGGCCAAAAGCGUAUUGCAAUAACAUCAGCAGCUGACCUGGAUACAUUAAAUAUUGUUAAGGUGUUGAGUAAAAAGUGUGGACAUGCUGUUGCCAUAGCCGCUAUAUAUCAUGCAGUUGCAAGAAAAUGUGGGGUAAACAUUAACUUGAUUGCAUUUUCAAAUCACCUGUUUCUGGAAUGGGUAGAUGACAUAAGUCCUAAUAAACUAUAUACAAUUAGCUUGGAUACUGGAGAGCUAAAGCCAAAACAGCGUUGUCCAUUUUCACAAAUCAAUGAACACACCAAUUAUUCCUACUGCUCACACUCAUUUUUGAAGUACAUAUAUUCUAAUUAUUUAGUUACAAUGGGAGCAAUUCGAAACUGGAAUGUACAAAAUUGUCAACACUUAUUAAACUUUCUGGGUGCAAGCGACAGUUAUCAAAAUCCUUAUAAAAAUGUAUUUGCUUAUCUGAUUGAGAUUCCUGAAAUAAGUGCUCCAGACAGACCAUUGAAUAUUCUAUAUUUGGAAAAUUUCUACCGGGAAAUAAUUUUAUCUUUGACAUCAUUAAAUGCAGGGUGUAUCUCAGAGUCCGUAAAUCCAAGAGAAGGAAAUUUAAAAUCAAAGAAACACGACAAAAAUGUCCUUUAUGCUGUAGGAAUGAUUUGCUAUCAUAAAAAUUAUCAAUACACUUGUAUAAUCCGUGAUUGGGAUUUAAAUGGGGAUCGCUUGGAAAUCUCAGAUGAUAAUGUUAGCCGUAAACAGCCUUUCUACAGUGUAACAGCAGCUGAUCACUCAGAGAGAUAUGUGGCACAAGAGAAUCUUAUUAAUCUGCCACAACCAAGUCGUCUUUAUCAUUUAGAAGAUCAGAUUUCAAAAGAUUUUUGUCACUUUGAUGGAUUCGCUUAUGUGUUAAAUUAUGAAAAGAGGAUUCAGUAUCCAGAUGAAGCACUUAUCAUUGAAAUGUACCGUAAUCAUUCAUUUACUCGAGCUUAG